AUGUACCAAGAGCACUACAAUGCUCUCUUCUCCAUGGACUUCAUGGAGACCAAGUACCCACAUGUUGACACAAUGAAGGCCCUUGGAAUCUUUGAGGAUGUGGAGUUGGUCUCAAGAACAUGCACUUGGCCAAGUUUUCUCUCACAUGGAAUCCUACAAGGAGCUCACUUGCGAGUUUUUGCUUCAAUGAGGUACCACAUGUAUGAUGAGGAAGAUAGAGCUGAUUUGGACCAAGGAUUGGGAUGGAUCACGUUCUUGGCUAAGGGAGAGAAGAGAAUGGUGACCUUUAGGCAGCUUGGAAAUCUUGUUUGGGUUCAACUAUGGAGAGGGUACCAAGUGGAACUUCAAGGAAAAGGAACUCCAAAGGUUUGGGCUACAAUCGCUGAUGGAGUGUACUCUUCCUCAAGGUCCAAGGCAGCUCAGAUCAGGAGCCCAGUCUUGGGGGUGUUGAUGUCUUUUGGAGCAUUCUGGAGCAUAUGGGACAUGAGGAGCAUGGAGGGACUUGGCACAUGGAAGCAGCUCAACUGGAUACGCAAAGGAAGAAGGGAGAAGCCAUCUUGA